UGGAAGCUGUCGGAGGAGGCGGUGUGCCGGGAGGACGUGGUGCGGCUCUGCUCCAAGCACAGCUGGGCCAACAACCUCGCCGUCCUCGAGUGCCUGCAGGACGUCCGUGAGCCAGAUAAUGAAAUCUCUUCAGACUGCAAUCAUCUGUUGUGGAACUACAAGCUGAACCUGACUACAGAUCCGAAGUUUGAAUCCGUGGCCAGAGAAGUCUGCAAGUCCACUAUUGCAGAGAUCAAGGAGUGUGCAGAUGAACCAGUUGGUAAAGGCUUUUUGGUGUCAUGUUUGGUGGAUCACAGAGGCAACAUCACUGAAUACCAGUGCCAUCAGUACAUCACUAAAAUGACAGCCAUUAUCUUCAGUGAUUAUCGGUUGAUCUGUGGCUUCAUGGAUGACUGCAAGGCUGACAUCAAUCUCCUGAAAUGUGGCAGCAUUCGACCUGGAGAAAAGGAUGCCCACUCGCAAGGAGAGGUGGUGGCAUGCCUGGAAAAAGGCCUGGUAAAAGAGGCAGAGGAGACUGAUCCUCGAAUUCAGGUUUCUGAUCAGUGUAAGAAAGCAAUUCUUCGUGUAGCUGAACUCUCUUCGGAUGACUUCCACUUGGACCGUCAUCUCUACUUUGCGUGCCGAGAUGAUAGAGAACGAUUUUGUGAAAAUACUCAGGCUGGGGAAGGCCGAGUCUACAAGUGCCUCUUUAAUCACAAGUUUGAAGAAUCAAUGAGUGAAAAGUGUCGUGAUGCGCUGACGACUCGCCAGAAGCUGAUUGCCCAAGACUACAAAGUCAGUUACUCGCUGGCAAAGUCCUGUAAAAGUGAUCUGAAGAAGUACCGCUGUAAUGUGGAGAACCUUCCCCGGUCUCGGGAAGCCAGGCUUUCCUAUCUGUUGAUGUGCUUAGAGUCUGCUGUGCAUAGAGGUCGACAAGUGAGCAGCGAGUGCCAGGGUGAAAUGUUGGAUUACCGGCGCAUGCUAAUGGAAGACUUCUCACUGAGCCCAGAAAUAAUCCUGAGCUGUCGAGGGGAGAUCGAACACCACUGCUCAGGCCUGCAUCGGAAAGGUCGCACCCUGCAUUGCCUGAUGAAAGUAGUACGGGGUGAAAAGGGAAACGUCGGCCUGAAUUGUCAGCAGGCACUUCAAACACUGAUUCAAGAAACUGACCCUGGUGCAGAUUACCGCAUUGACCGAGCGUUGAAUGAGGCCUGUGAGUCGGUGAUACAGACUGCCUGCAAGCACAUACGGUCUGGAGACCCAAUGAUUCUGUCUUGCCUGAUGGAGCACUUGUAUACUGAGAAGAUGGUAGAGGACUGUGAGCAUAGACUCCUGGAGCUCCAGUAUUUUAUAUCUCGUGAUUGGAAAUUGGAUACGGUCCUUUACCGCAAGUGUCAGGGAGAUGCCUCCCGUCUCUGCCAUACCCAUGGCUGGAAUGAAACUAGUGAGCUGAUGCCUCCAGGGGCUGUUUUCUCCUGCUUGUACAGGCAUGCGUACCGCACGGAGGAGCAAGGAAGGAGGCUAUCACGAGAGUGCAGAGCAGAGGUCCAGAGAAUCCUCCAUCAGCGUGCCAUGGAUGUGAAGCUGGACCCAGCCCUUCAGGACAAGUGCAUGAUUGACUUAGGGAAGUGGUGCAGUGAAAAAACAGAGACAGGGCAGGAGCUGGAAUGCCUUCAGGACCAUCUUGAUGACUUGGUGUCUGAGUGCAGAGACAUAGUGGGAAACCUCACUGAGUUGGAGUCUGAGGACAUUCAAAUUGAAGCCUUGCUGAUGAGAGCGUGUGAACCCAUUAUCCAGACAUUCUGUCAUGAGGUUGCAGAUAACCAGAUAGAUUCUGGGGACCUGAUGGAGUGUCUAAUACAGAACAAACACCAGAAGGAAAUGAAUGAAAAAUGUGCAAUUGGAGUUACUCAUUUCCAGCUGGUUCAAAUGAAAGAUUUUAGGUUCUCAUACAAGUUUAAAAUGGCUUGCAAGGAGGAUGUGCUGAAACUUUGCCCCAACAUCAAAAAAAAGGUGGAUGUAGUGAUCUGUCUGAGCACAACUGUGCGCAAUGAUACUUUGCAGGAUGCCAAAGAGCACAGGGUCUCUCUGAAGUGCCGCAAACAGCUGCGUGUUGAGGAGCUGGAGAUGACCGAGGAUAUCAGACUUGAACCAGAACUGUAUGAGGCUUGUAAAAGUGACAUCAAGAAUUACUGCCAAAACGUGCCCUAUGGCAAUGCUCAGAUUAUUGAAUGCCUGAAAGAAAUCAAGAAGCAGUUGAGUACCCGGUGCCACCAGAAGGUGUUUAAACUGCAGGAGACAGAGAUGAUGGAUCCAGAACUGGACUACACGCUCAUGAGAGUCUGCAAGCAGAUGAUCAAGCGGUUUUGUCCAGAAGCAGACUCAAAAAAUAUGUUGCAGUGUUUGAAACAAAACAAGAACAGUGAAGUGAUGGAUCCUAAAUGCAAACAAAUGAUUACCAAGCGCCAGAUUACACAGAACACAGAUUACCGCUUAAAUCCAGUGCUCAGAAAGGCCUGCAAAGCAGACAUACCGAAAUUCUGCCAAAAUAUCCUGAAUAGGGCCAAGGAUGAUACAGAGUUGGAAGGGCAAGUCAUCUCGUGCCUGAAGUUGAAAUACGCAGACCAGCGUCUCUCUCCAGACUGCGAGGACCAAAUUCGAGUGAUAAUCCAGGAAUCGGCUCUCGAUUAUCGGCUGGAUCCCCAACUUCAGAUGCACUGUUCUGAAGAGAUUUCCAGCUUGUGUGCAGAAGAAGCAGCAGCUCAAGAGCAGACUGGGCAGGUGGAAGAAUGUCUGAAAGUGAAUCUGCUGAAAAUAAAAACUGAAAUGUGCAAGAAGGAAGUGCUCAACAUGCUGAAGGAAAGCAAAGCAGAUAUAUUUGUUGACCCAGUGCUCCACACAGCCUGUGCCCUAGACAUCAAACACCACUGUGCUGCCAUUCCACCAGGGAGAGGACGUCAAAUGUCAUGCUUAAUGGAAGCUCUGGAAGAUAAGCGUGUGAGGUUGCAGCCUGAAUGCAAGAAACGCCUUAAUGAUCGUAUUGAAAUGUGGAGCUAUGCUGCAAAGGUUGCCCCAGCGGAAGGCUUUUCUGACCUUGCCAUGCAAGUUAUGACCUCUCCGUCCAAGAAUUACAUAUUAUCUGUGAUCACAGUCGGCAUCUGUGUACUCUUCCUCAUCGGCCUGAUGUGUGGACGCAUCACCAAGCGGGUGACAAGAGAGCUCAAGGACAGGUAGAGCCUGGAUUGCCUGCUGAAGAAAUGCCUGCCCAGUGCCCAGUUUUGUACAGCCCUCCUCUGUAUAGUCUACCCACCCCCUCUUGUGAGAGGAGAAUAAAAA